UCUUUCUCUCGCAAGCCUGCGGCGUGCAGGAAGAGGCGACAAUUUAAUUUACUAGCACAGCUGAGCGGAGUGGUGAUAAGGCGAGUGGUCAGCACCUGAGAGUGGGGGCCGCACUUAAAAGAUCUGGGGUGGCGAGCAGCCUGGCGCACACUAUCGCUCGUCGUCGCCGUCGAUCAUCCUAGUCUAGUCGCCUCCGCAACAAUGGCCGAAGAUUCGCUCGUGGUCGGGGGGUGGUUCGGCUCGGGGCUGCAGGUUUUCAGCCUGCUCGUCGUCGCCUACUACAUCCUCAAGCUGCUGAGGAAGGCCCUGCGCAGGAUUUAUGUGUCCAUCGUCGGCCCUGCCAUCGGCAGGAACACCAAUUUGAGGAAGAUGGGACAGUGGGCCGUUAUCACCGGCUGCACCCAGGGAAUCGGAAAGGCAUACGCUGAAGCGCUCGCCAAGCAGGGAAUCAACGUGGUCCUAAUAAGCAGAAGCCUCGACAAGCUUCAAAAACUCGCUUUAGAAAUUGAGGGCAAGUACCACGUGCAAACCAAAGUGAUCGACGCCGACUUCACGGAAGGGCCGCCGAUUUACGAAAAAAUCGAAAAAGGGCUGUUCGGCCUGGAAAUCGGCGUUCUGAUCAACAACGUCGGCAUGAGCUACGCCUACCCUGAGUACUUCCUCGACGUGAAGGACGCGCGCAAGGUGUUCGCCGACCUGAUCAACUGCAACAUCACCUCCAUCACGCACAUGACGCACGUCGUGCUGCCGCAGAUGAUCGAACGCAAACGUGGAGUCGUGGUAAACGUCUCCUCCACCACCGCAAUGAUCCCUUCACCCCUGCUCUCGGUCUACAGUGCCUCCAAGGCUUUCGUGGACAAGUUUACCGAGGAUCUGAGGAUAGAGUACGCAAGAAAGGGAAUCGUGAUCCAGUGCGUGUUGCCGGGCUACGUGGCCACCGCCAUGACUAGGAUCAAGAAGUCCACCUUCAUGGCGCCGUUCCCGAACAAAUUCGUGUCCCACGCCAUCACCAGCAUCGGCCUUGAGGACAGAACCACCGGAUACUGGCCCCAUAAUCUGCUCAUAAUGGUGGUCGACUUCAUUAAAUGGAUCCACCCGAAAAUGGCAUCGAAUGUCAUCCUCAGGACGAUGGAGAACAUCCGGAAGAGGAUAAUCGCGCGAGGCGGAUAGAUUAAUUUUUUUGAUAAUUAGUCAUUCAUAAAUUUAAAUAUAGGUCUGCCAUAACCAAAACGAACGAAAGAGUCAUUUUUCCUGAUGAUUUGUUAUGCAUUUUUGUUGUACAGAAUUUUGUUGAAACAUAUUUGUUAAUUUAAAUUUGUUCCCAUCUUUUCUUUCAAGUUGAAUAGCAAUGAUAUUAAAAAGUCAUUAUUGCACAAUUCACGUGUGCAGUUUUUCUUAUAAAAA